AUGACAAGGAAGAAGGUGAAUCUUGCCUAUAUUACCAACGAUUCUGCCCGAAAGGCGACGUUCAAGAAGAGAAAGAAGGGAUUGAUCAAAAAGGUUAGUGAGUUAAGCACCUUAUGUGGAAUUGAUGCUGCUGCUAUUGUUUACAGCCCUUACGACUCGCAACCUGAGGUAUGGCCCUCAACGGGUGAUGUCCGGAAUGUGAUAUCGCAAUUCAGGAGGAUGCCGGAGAUGGAGCAGAGCAAAAAGAUGGUUAAUCAAGAGAGUUUCAUCCGCCAGAGGAUCGUCAAGGCCACCGAGCAGCUCAAGAAGCAGCGGAAGGAUAACCGGGAGAAGGAAAUGACUCAUGUCAUGUUCCAAACACUGACUGGACAAUCCCUAAACUGCUUCAAUAUGUUAGACCUGAAUGAUCUUAGAUGGCUUAUUGAUCAGAAGCUUAAAGACAUCAAUGAUGCUUUGGAACCUAAUGACUCUCCUCCAGUUACUGCUGCUGGACCAGCAGUUCCACCGCCAGUAGCACCAGAACCUAAAACUAGUACUCCUGCACCGCCGGUUAUGGCCAACCCGAAUGCAGAUUUUGGGGACAGUUUUGUUGAUCAGAAGCCGUUCACAACAUUAGGUCAUGAGAUGAUGAACAUGCAGAGGCAACCAUGGUCUAUGGACAUGGUGAAUAAUCAAGACCAAGUGGGGACGGGGACAUGGUUUCCUGAGGAGAUUAUGGCAUCAUUCACUGAUAACCCUCGCAGUGCUUUCUGGGGAAAUAAUGCUUUCUUUCCCUGA